CUUCCUGCACAGACGAGGCGAUUAGAAGCGCGCGCUCAUGGCAGCUAAUGAUUAUCGUGGUUACCUGCGGAACCAUAUGGACAUGGAGCACGGGGGCUCGCGCUUUCAGCCGCCCACCCAGAGCGCCCACAGGCCGCUGAUUUUCGGCACGCUGGCCGUCAUGGGACUGCUGCAGGUCGCGUCCAGUGUCACCAUUUUGCUGCACUUGACCGGUUAUCUCCGAGAGGUCGACCUUUCUUCAGCUCGGCCUGUAGAGGAAGUUCAUUCUGAACCCAUAAUUGCAGAUGCGUUCAAAGACAUCAGGAGAAGGGACAGAUCCAGAAAAAAAGAUCAAACGCCCAUAGCUCACCUUUCUGUCAAGACCCCCAUGGACUUCACAAGCACCGACAUGACGGUCUUGACCACUGUCCAUUGGAACCAGUUUUAUGGCACGCUGACAAAAGUGAAAUACCAUGACGGACGAUUUGUGAUGGAGGAACAAGGAUUGUAUUACGUGUAUGCCAAGACCUGUUUCCGGUAUUCCUUUAAUCACGACACAAAGAAACAGGAUGUUAGUAACCUCCAACUGUUUCAGUAUAUUUUCCAUGAGAGCCACACCCAGUCUAAACUCAAGCCUGUGCAGCUUUCGAAGAGCGGCGGGACGUUCAAUUGGAGUGAGCGAAGCAACAACAUGUACUGUGUACAGCAAGGAAGAAGUGUCCGGUUGGGUCAAAGCGAUGGCCUUUUUGUCAAUGUGUCCAAUUCAUGGCUGUUGGAUCCAGAACCAGAGGGGACUUACUUUGGUGCUUUUAAAAUUAGCACCUGACUUUUGUUUAUUUUUGCUACUGAACUGGUUUAUGCACAUUUUUUUACAACCUUAUGAACAAUUUCAACAUGACCAAGAACCACUGAGCACUUAUAUUUUAGAUCACUGACUUCUGACUUUUUUUUUUCAAUAUUGAUUUAUAUUGUACAGCAUUAAGGGCACAUCAGAUUUUCUAACUGUUAAUUUUUUUUAUAAACGUUCUGGCACGUUAACAUUAACUGCCGUAGUAUGUUAAAGUAUUGCUACUUCAUUGUGGACUUCACUUGCUCUCCAUACUUUUGUACCAAUCUUAGAGUGAAAAUCUGUUGAAUCUAGGAAUACACUUCUAGAUCUAUGUUACCUGAUAAUUACCUGGUGAAGUUACAAGCCAAAGGAAUUGCUGUAAGUGGCUGGUCAGAUUUUGGCCGUGCAACAGCAGCACUAGGUGGUCACACCCUGAAAUAAUGCUUUUUAGUCCCAGUUCUGUGACUCCAUAUACAGUUUUUGUGUCCUAAUCAUCAACCUUUAAAGAACUGAAACAGGUGUAUUAAGCAGGUAAAACACAUAUUUAGUACAGUCAGGCCUCUCAGAUCUGCAAUUUAGAACCACUGGUUUAAAACCUUAACCUAAGUAUUUAUGCUGUGGUUAGCAAGCUGAAGUCCUUGCAUCAGAUUUGGCACUGAUUUUUCCAAGUACAAAUUUCAUACGAUGUUAAAAGAUUAACAAAAAGGCUGUUGGGGGUCUGCAUCAUGCAGACUUUGUUAAUGGAAUUUUUUUUGUUGUUGUUAGUUAUGCAAAAUUACUUUGAACAAAGCAAAACAAAAUCAAAGAUAGCUGGACUGUCUUUUAGUCAUUGUGAGAGCUGAAAAGAUUGACAUGAAUAGAGUGAACCAAACUGAGUUUGGUACAUGCUAAUUUAAAGAGUUAUUUUUCAUUUCACUCCUCUUGGAGGAAAUGAGAAAAUGCACUAAAUGUAUUUAUUUAUUUUUUAUGAUGAAAAAGACGGACAUUUGUAAAAUGUUCUGUCUUUAUUCUAAAACUCUUGUACAGUGUGUAUGUCUGCCUAAGCUCCAUUCUUUACACAGGUUUUGGAUGACAGGCAUUGACUUUAGGUCAGUUGUAGAUGCGCUUGUUUUUGCAAAUGGGGGAAGCACAGGGCUCCUUUUAAACCUUAUUCUGAGUGGUUUCUCAUUAAAGAAACUUUGUAUUUAUGUAUCUUGUAUUUGACAAUUCUGUGCACAAAUUCUCAUUCAAAGCAGCAUCUAUUGCUGUUCAACAUAUGAUUUUAAAUUUCAAACUUUAAAAUUAAGGAUUUUUCAUAUCAUUAAAUGUUUUUUUUAA